CAAACGUCAGGUUUUUAGGUUAUGUUUGUAUGAAAGAUUAAAAAUUUUUACUUUCGAAGAGGUUUUUUGUGAUUAUACCUUUAAAAUUGUACAGAAUAUGACUAUAAUAUACCUAAUAUUUAAUUUUAAGCUAAUCUAAUCUAACCAAAUCUCGUAUCCUUUCUAUAAAUUCUUCCUGAGACAGAAAAACAGUGCCCAACAUUGAACUUGGACUUAUACAAAAACGAAAAAUACAAUUAAGCAAAAUGGGUGACAAAAAACCAAGUGUACUGGACUUAAAUAGCCCUAAUUUUAAUCCAAAUUUGUACCUAGAGAAACUUUUCAAGGAAAGUUCCCUGAGGCAAAUCAUGGACACAGAGAGUGAAACAAUUAAAGAUACACAAACCCUACAUUCUGACAUGCAAACGUUGGUGUAUGAAAACUAUAAUAAGUUUAUAAUCGCUACUGAUACUGUAAAAAAGAUGAAAAACGACUUUAAAAAAAUGGAAACUGAAAUGGACCUUCUAGCUCAAAACAUGGAUUCAAUAACAUCAUUUUCCCAACAAAUAUCAACAACUCUUCAGGGCACUAGAGACCAAAUAAGCAAACUGUCAGGGGUUCACAGUCUAUUAAAGAGAUUACAGUUCUUAUUUAAGCUCCCAGCAACGUUAAAGAGCAGUAUGGAUGAAAAAAAUUAUAAACAGGCUGUUCAAGACUACCUUCAUGCCCAAAAAGUCCUCCAACAAUAUGGAAAUCUACCUUCAUUUGAAGGUAUAAAAACAGACUGUGAAAUAAUCCUCACAGAAUUGAAAAAUGAACUUAGAAACCAAUUCAACAACUCUGAAGCAUCAGCCAAAGCACUUGCUGAAUCAGUUGAUUUGUUGCUUCAAUUGGAAGAACCUGCUAAGGAAUUAUGUGUGGAAUUCUUAUCUUGCGCUGAAAAACGACUAAACGAACAACUGGUCAUUUUAAGAGACCAGAGUGAACAGAGGGACAUUAUCGAAUUUGUAGACUUAGGAUGUUCAGGAUUCUUAAGUGACUUAUGUUUGGUCGUAGCUUCUUUCCACGACAUGUUCAUUAACAGGGCUGCACGAGACAACAUAGAAAAUAGCGAAAUUUUUGAAAGUUUCGCCGCUAAAGAAUUAAACAUAUUCAUCAUAGAAAAGAUGAACAAAUAUUUCGAACUGGUACAGAAUAAAGUAGACUUAGAACACGACAUAGGCGACACCAAUAUUUUAGUUGAGGCCUUAGACAGAUUCUAUAGGAGAUUGCAAGCCAUGAACACGCUCUGUAGAAACACAGAUUUUGCGAAAACUGGAAUCGACAUUGUAAUAAACGCAGGUAGAAAACAGUGUAAGACACAUUUGCAAGUCCUUAAACUACAUCUAUCUGAUUCUCUAACGAAAAUCCGUCAAAGUCUAGGAACCCCUAAACUUAUCACACAAGACGAUACUAACAAAAACUUGCACGAAAUAUUAAACUCUUUGAUAGUAACUGUAGUCGAAAAAAUCAAAGGAGUUUUGCAAGAUUUAGUGGUUUUUAUAAGGCCCGAACUGACGUUUGCCCAUAAACCGGAAUUCAGAGACAGUUUUUGCAUUGACAAUGUAAGAGAGGGGCUCAUAGUUUGCUUUUUGCAUCAUGUAACAGCUACCGCAAGAAAUUUUUGUUCUAACAACGUUUGGGACCCCAAAGUGCCCCCUGCUUUACUACUAUUACUGUCAAAGUUUUGUUUAGAUUUUCAAAAUGGACAUGUACACUUUUUGCUAUCGCAAACCGACGAGCUUUUGGGUAUAAAUUCGAAAGGUUCGACUGCUCUUACAACCGAAAAUGAAAUAAAUCCGUCGAUUCAAGAGUCUGCUCAAGAAUUACUAAAUUAUUACGUUAGAUUGCAAGGACUUAAUAUUUCACAGGCACGUUUUUAAAGUUCUGUAAUUAAAGAGGCUGAA